AUGCCUCAAACACGAAGCGAUCAACGAACAUGCUCAUCCUUAUUCGGCCUCCGGUCAAGCCGAAUUCUGACUCGCCCCAUCCACCGUUGCCGUGGGAACGGGACUCGAAACGAACCUCAAUAUCUCGGGAUUUUUGCUUCGUCUAAAUCUGUGCCGAGUCGGUUUGCAGACGAGCCAUGGUCUGGUGUGCUGGCGUUUGGUUUGGUCGUUGAGUAUGAGUUCACGCGAGGUGAGUCUCAACGACUGUCAGUCAGUUUUCUCGCCUCGACUCGCCUGCGCGCAGAACCCGCAAAUUCUGUCCGCUCUCGUACGCCUGCGGGCUUAUCGGUCCGGCAUGCCGGCCCACAGCGAUCCCUCAUGUCUGGCCCGGCCGAGGUUGGCCAAUGCGAGACAAGCCUGUCUUAUCUCCCGGCCAAUCGGGCGAGGCGAAUCGCCAGUGGUACCUCAAAGCUGCUCGGCCCGUUCCGGCUGCUCAACCUGCUCAACCCUGCUCAACUGCUCCGCCUCCGAGGGCCCUCUGGCCGGCUCACCCGCACAAGCGAUGCGAUCCCCUCGUCUUCCGGCUUGCCCAUAGGCGCGCAUGGGAUAGUCAAAGUUGUCUCUUUGCCGGGCGAAAUGCGUCCGUGUCCAGACUGUCGCCUAUUCGACCGUCUGUCUGCCCGGCUCCGUCUCCCCUUCGGCCCAAUCGGCCCCUCGGCCCAAUUCGAGCCGCACUCCAACUAG